AUGAUACCAAUCAGGAGGACGCGAUUAUCAAGCGCAGAAACUACGACCACGAGAAGCAACAAAAAUGCCAAGAAGAAGAAGACAGCAGAGGAGAAAGAAAAGGAGAGGCAGGAAGAGAGAAGGAAAAAGAAGCCAAAGCCAGAGAAGAAGUCAAAAGAAUCAAAGAGGAAGAAAGAAUCAAGCGCAACGAAGAACGAGAACUCAAAAACAAAAAGACCUGUAGGACCGCGAGAGGAAGAAGAUCGAAAUGGAGGGAAAGAAGGUCAGUCCGAGACAAAGAAAAAGCUGGAGGAGGCGGAAAGAGUGAAGAAGGAAGCUGAAAGGGCGCUCUCGAAGAUAGAGAAGGAGCUCAGUCCUUCCAAGAAAACCGAAAAGCCAGAAUCCAAACGGCAGCGUUCCGAUUCAGAGGACACCAAGCAGAAAAGCCGGCCAUCAAGCAAGGGAAAGGCGAAGAUAGGUGGGCAGGUUGAGCAGCUGGGGGUAUUUGUUGCCCUCAGUGCCAUGCUGCAUCGCGUAGAGAAACACCAAAUGCAAGUUUUGCUGCAGGACCUGCAACUGGGAUUGCACCUUAGCGCGUUCGAGAGCUGA